AUGUACAGCUUCACGGGUCAAAGUCAAUAUGGAAGUUAUAAUUCAACUUACGCAAGUUCACCAGCCGCUGCUGCAGUAUAUAAUGCAACGGUGCAGUCACAGCCGACGCCACAUACUCCUGCACUUGGUGCUGCUGUAGGAGCUACAAAUCCGACUAGUGUUUAUGCCAGUUUCUCAAGUGCAGCAGCUCCUACGGCAUCGCCAUACGCUGCAUAUGCAAAUCCUACGGCUGCAGCAGCAUAUGCGCAGUAUGGACAAACUGCGGCGGCCGUAGCAUCUUUGCAGCAGCAACAGCAGCAACAGGUGCAGCAGGUUAACUACAGUAACUUACAGUUGCAAGCUGCAGCAGCAACAGGUGUUGUAAGUGCAUCUGCAGCGGCCUAUCCAGGGCAUACCGGAACACGACUGACGGAUUCAUAUAGUACCAUUGGUUCAGUCCCUUCGACGGGCGAGUAUACAAAUACAUUACGCACAGCUGCAGCGGCAGCUGUUGCUGCUUCGGUUGCAGCAAACCCCACAAGCAACAAUUCAUAUGUAGGCGUUACCCGAAUUGGUACAACAGUAACCAGUCAGCCAGCUAACUCAUCAUCAACGACCGGGACGAGCAGCUCAACAUCAAAUUACAACAGCUACGAUGCAGCAGUAUAUGCAGCUGCAAGCAGUUAUCUACAAUCGAAAGCAGCAGGUGCAGCGAAUGUAUGGAUGGGAGCAACGAAGAAAUCGGGUACCACUGGUUAUGAUGGUGGUUCAAGUUCGUUUUCCGGCAUCACUUCUUCAAAUAUCGCAAUUACGGGCGGUAGUGGUGGUGGCGCUAUCUCAGGACGAGGUGGAUACACUGGAAACAGAGGUCGUGGAACUUUCUCAAACAAGCGUUUUGGGCAAGGAAGACCUGCUGAUAUGCAACAGUUUUAUUGUGAAGUGUGUAAAAUCAGUUGUGCCGGUGCGCAGACUUACAAAGAACAUAUGGAUGGGCAAAAACAUAAGAAGAAGGAAGCAAUGCAAAAAGGUGAAGGACAAACGCUAUCUAAAUCACGUGUUUCAUUUCGUUGUGAAACAUGUAAUGUCACAUGCACUGGUAAAGAUACUUAUGAAUCUCACGUGCGCGGAAGUAAGCAUCAGAAAACUGCUAAUUUGAUGAAAAAAUUGGGAAAACCAGUUGCCGAAACACCAACAGUGCUUGCUCCUGGUGAGAAGUCGAACAAACCAGGGGUACCGACCAGUGGUACUCCGAUUUCAACAGUUGGUGGUCCUGCUGUACCGACAAAACGCGUUAUCGGUGUACCGACUGUCAAAUUUGUCGGCGGUGAGAAAUUGCAAAGUACAGCUCAAGAACUGGCACGAAAGGCUGCAAAUGCCGCUGAAGCAGCCAUUGAGGCAUCGGGCCAAAAAAGUGCAGCUGUUGAGGCUGCUCUGGCUGCUGAAAAAGAGGUGCAACCGGUUGGAGAAGAUUAUGUUGAAGAAGAAAGGAAUGCUUCAGGCAAGCUGAUCCAAUACAGUUGCAAACUGUGUGAUUGUAAAUUCAGUGAUCCAAAUGCCAAAAAUAUCCACAUCAAAGGACGCAAACAUCGAUUGCAAUAUAAGAUGAAGGUCAAUCCAAAUUUGGUCGUUGAGGUGAAACCAAAUCAAGUUCCUCGUGAAAUGCGUAACGAAAUAGCACGCAAGCUACGUGCUCAGCGGAUGCAUGUCAUGCCGUACGCUUUACAUUGUCAUAUUAGUCACUUUUGUUCACGCGUCAUUAGGCCUCGUCCACUCGGUGCUCCACAGCCGUUGCUUAUGCCAUUACCAGCACGUCCGUGGUGCGGAGUUAUGGAUCCUGGAAGACGUGUAGAAACUGUAGAAGAUCGACAUGUCAUGGCUAAACAUCGUUCGCUCCAGUUAACCAACAGAUGCGACCAUGCUAAUAUUGUUGGUGAUGCAAUAGCACAUCGUAGUCAUUUUAGAGAUAAAAUUGUUAUCGAAUGUAUCAAUUCAAAUAUUCUGAUCUAUCCGGAGGAAUCACAGUUGACCGCUAUUGAAAAACUCGUUUCAGUUACUGAGAAGGCGCUAAAGGCAGUUUCUGAUAGUUUAGCACAAGAAAAGACAAAGAAACCUGAUGAUGAAAUAAAAGAUUCUCAAGAAGAUGGAAGCGCAUCGCAUACUAUCGAAGUACAGCAACCGGAUCGUAUUCUAAAAGGGGUUAUGCGUGUUGGUCUUCUAGCUAAAGGCUUAUUAUUGAAAACUGACAGAGAAGUUCAAUUGGUUGUACUCUGCUCUCAACCACCAACACGUACAUUGCUAUCAAAAGUAGUGAGAUUAUUGCCGCAAGUCAUAGAGAAAGGUGAAAAUGAAGUGGUAACAGUGGUGGAAAAGCCAGACGAAAGCGCAUUAUUAUUGAAACAUUCCAGUUCGGAUAUAAUUUGCCGUAUUGUACUAACAUGUGUCUUGCUACGUGAAGAACAUACAGCGGGAGGUUGUUUUUGCUAUAAAUUAAAGUGA